AUGACACGCCUCACGAUCCUGCUCCCGUUGCUUGUGUCGGUCAUCACGGCCUUACCCUUAUCGUCCACUUUCAAAUGCCAGCCCAAUAAACAUGGUCUAGGGGGCGGCCUUUCAACCGCACCUGUUGCUGUCCCUAACCAGCCGGUAGCGCCUAUUCGGAUGGAUUGGGGAACUCGGACGUCCGCAGCUCCUUCUCCCUCGGUCAGUAGCCAUGCUACCCACAAGAACGGCCCCCCUCUGCACAGUAGCCAUGACGGAGGCCAACCCCCAGCGAACCAGGUCCAGCCUAUUCAGGCCUCUCCAACGCCGGUUCCAAAGACCACGAAGGUCAAAAUCCCAUCCGGCUUCAACACGAUUCUUUUCUCGGAUGACUUCUCGGAUGUGGCCCCCGGAUCACCUCCGUCACCAUCCAAAUGGACCAUCGACACCGGCACUUCCUAUCCCGGCGGGCCAAUGAACUGGGGAACCAACGAGGUCCAAAUGUACACGGACUCGCCGUCCAAUCUGGCCACCACGAAUGCCGGCACCCUGCGCAUCACGCCAAUGGGUUCCGGCUAUGGCGUCGGCGUCGGCGGGAGGUGGACCUCGGCGCGUAUCCGGACCAACCCUGAGCAUGACUUUGCACCACGGGCAGGUGGGAAGACGCGGAUCGAGGCUCGCCUGCGGGUCGGCGCCGGCGACGCACAGGCUGGCAUCUGGCCAGCCUUUUGGUCCCUUGGGGCGGCAUACCGAGGCAACUACCAAAACUGGCCGAGCGUUGGCGAGGUCGACAUCUUUGAGACGGUCAACGGGUUGCCCUCGGCGUGGCACACAGUCCAUUGCGGGCCUUCAGCAGUCGGUGGACCAUGCAACGAGAGUGCAGGAAUCGGAAGGUCGGUGCCCAUGAGCAGAGGAGAGUUCCACACAGUCGCAGUCGAGAUUGAUAGAACAGGCAACCGUCAUUGGAGUGAAGAGACAUUGCAGUGGUCCAUUGACGGGACCGUGACCUUCACCUUGACCGGUGCGCGUGUGGGUGAUGAGACGGCAUGGAGAAGCCUGGCUCACAGCUCCAGAUUCUUGUUACUUAAUGUCGCUGUCGGGGGCGGAUUCCCUAAUGCCGUGGCGGAGACGCAGACACCGACGCCGUCGACUAUCGGAGGUUUCGAUGCUGCUUUGGAAGUGGACUAUGUUGCUGUAUUUAGUACAUAA